GGGAACAUAUCUAGAGAGAAACACGAGUCUUGUGUCUUCUCCAUGAAGAUCUGUCUGUCUCAAACAAGCUAGGGUUUCUCUCUCCUCAUGUUAGAGAGAGAAAGAGAGUUUCCUUUCCAAGUGGGAAAGUUAGCAAAUUAUGGAAGUAGUAGGAGAAUGUUCAAACACAAGAUCAAGUGAUGUUGAUGAUAAUAGUAAUAAGAAAUCAGAAAAUAGCAGCAGUAGUACUGAAUUUGGAAAUGAAGGAAGUUCGAGCAACAGCACCAUAGAAGAGAAUAAUAAUAAUGAUCAUGAUCAACACAAGACCAAGCCUCCCACUGUCAGACCUUAUGUCAGAUCUAAACUCCCGAGACUCCGUUGGACUCCCGAUCUUCACCUCCGUUUCGUUCAUGCUGUCGAAAGACUUGGGGGUCAAGAAAAUGCUACUCCUAAGUUGGUACUUCAGUUAAUGAACAUCAAAGGACUAAGUAUUGCCCAUGUCAAAAGCCAUCUUCAGAUGUAUAGAAGCAAGAAGACGAAUGAGCCAGGUCAAGUUGUGGGAGAUCAAAGGGUUCUUAUGGCUGAAAGUAAUAAUGGAGAUCGCAACAUAUUUAAUGUCAGCCAAAUCCCAAUGUUCCAACGAUAUAAUUCAAGUUACCCCUCUAAUCUUUUUCGAUUCGGAGGGUCAUCGUGGAAGGCUAUCGAAAACAAAACAAUACAAUCCCCAUUUAUGGAGAAGUCAGCCUCAAUGACUACAUUGACUCAAGCAAGAUCGAGCCUGUUCAGCAGCAACAAGAGCAAUGCACCGGAAAUGAUCAACCGUAAUCUUCGCAUGUCGAUCAGUGAAUCCAAUACCACGACGAGCAAAAGGCAAGAUGAGAGGGAAAAAGAAGAUUCAUGCAGUGAAAUUAUUCCACAGAAAAGAAAAAGGGCCACAGAUAAUGGAGAAAUUGAUUUGAGUUUAUCCCUAAAGAUUGCACCAAGGGAAGAGAUCAAGAUUGAAAAGAGAAGUAUAGAUCAAGAUGAAGAAGUUUUAGAAAGUAGAACUGAUUUAUCUCUAUCUUUAUGCUCAUAUUAUUAAUUCAAUGUCUCCUUAGUCGGCAAUGGAAGAGGAAAAAGAGCGAGAAAUUAGCAAUAGAGAUGAAGUACCCUUCAAAAGGAUGCAACUGCAACACGAGGAACUUCUCAAGUGGGUUGUUCAAUUUGGUACUACUCUCAGUUGAGCACGUUCAAAUGCUAAAUUAGCUCGAUGGAAUCUGGUUCGUUAAUGUUGAUAAUGACUAUGCCGCCUAGCGAGAGAGAGUAAGUACUCUGGAUCUGACUAUAUGAAUCAUUCUUGAGAGACCAAAAUUCUAAGUGAGAUACUGAGGUACUUAUUUUCCACUUGUAGCUUAUAAGUGUGCACAUGUGUAACAUUACUUUUUUUCUUCAAAUGUAUAUUAGAAUUCAAACAUGAUAUAUAUAUAUAUAUAUAUAUUUGUUGUAUGGU